AUGGUUUCCAAAGAUACUAUCCUGACCGUUAUUAAAGAUCCUUCAGAUGAUCUCGAUGGAUUGAAUGAUUUUCCAAAAGCUAGAAUGGAUCGCUCAGACUAUGAUCCAAAAAUCUCCCAAAUUUUACCACCUUCAAUCUCUUCAUCUGAUGAAUCAGAAAUGGAAGAUGAUUCGGAUUCAGAUAACGAUAACCUGGAUUUAAUUAUUGAUCCAGAAGAUCCAAACCAAACAUUAGAACAAGUUGAGAGUUUAAAAAACACAACCGAAUCUUCCAAGGGCAAAGAAGAAUUCCGUGGCCGUCCAUCAUCAUGUGUUUUUGUUGCCAGUCUUGCAUCCAGUAAAACUGAUGAUGAAUUAUCAAUUUCUGUCACCAAACAUUUCGAACAAUGGGGGACUCUUGCAUUAGUGAAAGUUUUGCGUGAUCCAUCCAAUAGACCUUAUGCCUUUGUUCAAUAUACCACUGAUGAAGAUGCAAAAAAAGCAUUAAGAGGUGCACAACAUUCAAUUUUAGAUGGUAGAUCCAUCCGCUGUGAGCCAGCCAAAGUCAAUAGAACUUUGUAUAUUGCAACAGCAACUGGUGUUGACCUUCCAUUAAAAGACAUCAAAGAUGUUUUAAAAAUUUAUGGUGAAGUUGAACAGACAGUUGGUAAUAAUGAUACUCAGUUCAGAAAAUCUAAUUUGAAUAAAGCUUGGUUUUGCAAAUUUGCAUACAGAGAUGAUGCUAUUAGAGCAUAUGCUAACUUGCGUUUGAGUCCAGAUUGGAUUGUUGAAUGGGCUCAAAAUAUCGAGUCUCCAAGUGAACAAGUAUCCAAGGUUGAGCCUGAAGUUGUUAUUGAUAAGUUUUCAGUUUUUGUUGGACAGUUAGAUAUUAGUGUCACCAAGGAAAAAUUAGACGAAAGAUUCUCAAGACACGGAAAGAUCAAUGAUAUUGUUUUAGUCACAAAACCUGGUAACAAUUUUGCGUUCAUCAAAUUUGAAACUGAAAAAUCUGCUGCUGCUGCUGUUGAGAGAGAAAAUCAUGCUGUGUUCUUAGAAAAAACCAUGCAUGUUCAAUAUCGUGAACUCCAUCACAAAAAGCAAAACUUCAACAACAAUCAACCAAGAUUAAACCUUGCACCACCACCAGUCAACUUACCUGUUAGAAGAGCAAGUACAGGUUCACCAAUGGUUAAUUUUAACAAACCAUAUGAAGCUAGACAACAAGUUGGUAAAUUUUCUGUGGUUCCAAACCCAAAUAUCCACUCAAACUUUCAAGGUCCAGGUAGUCAAGCAAAGCAUGUACACCCAGCUCACUUCUCAAACCGUUCAGUUUCAUUCAGUAAUGACACUGCCAAUUUAAAAUAUCGUUAUUCUCAAUAUUUGGGAUAUCCUCAAACUAGAUCUGUUGAAAAUGAAUUAACUGCUUCACUCAAUCAUACACCAUCAAAAAAUAUCAGUCAUGAUUAUAACCCAUCAAAUGAUAAGCAUACACCAGCAUCAUCUCCAAGUAACCAUACCAUCAAUUCAUCACAAGGAGAUACAAAGUCAUUGUACUCAUCAACUAAUGUUUCUGUUGGUGACCAUCUGAUUAAUGACCAAUCCACUGAACCAACUAGUGGAUUUGGAACAACCAAAUCACUACAUUCACAAAGAAGAAACUAUAGCCAAGUUCUUUCACAAAACCAACCAGUUCCAUAUUACUAUUAUACUUUACCAGAAAAAAAUUAUGUUUUUGACCAGUCAUCAUAUCUUGCAUAUGCAUCUUAUCCAUAUUAUUAUCCUGAACCAUCUCUGGUUGAUUAUCCACCACCAUCACUGAACACAUCUGCUCAUGGACAUACUGCACCAACCCCAUAUUACAUGUACUAUGGUGUUCCUCAAGGGCCAAAUUUUCUGGAAUCACAAAAGUCUCAAAAUGCUGGACAAUUUGAUUCAAUUCCAAGAGAGGCAGAUGAAAUUCCAGAGAUGGAUUAUUAG